ACUCUGCGGCCAACAAACUCAGAGGUGACUUCCACUGUGGCAACACAUCGUUUAAUGCUUGGCAGAACUGAUGGGCUUCUGUGACACCUGACCUAACUUCUACUCUGAAAGCGACUGAAAGGUAACUGUGGUCAUAAUGGGCACGGAAAGGGACGAGCAGAUCGUCAUUGAUACCUACAACACUACAAUCCAUACACUGGGCAUGCAAAAUGAGGACAAGCAGCUGCGCUUUAUGCAGAAGGAUGGAAGGUUCCCAGUGGUUUUCCAGAAGGCCCCCGGACACUGGAGCCCGUUCCUGGUGGACAUCUUCACCACUCUUGUGGAGAUCCGCUGGAGGGUGAUGUUCCUUGUCUUUUCCCUCUCUUACAUUCUCUCUUGGAUGUUUUUUGGUCUCUGCUAUUGGCUCAUAGCGUAUGUACAUGGGGACACUGACGAUGUAGAUAGCGCACCCUGCGUGGAGAACGUGCGUGGCUUCACUGCGGCCUUUCUGUUCUCAAUGGAGACCCAGGCGACUAUUGGCUAUGGCUUCAGGGGCAUGACCGAGAACUGUAUCGUGGCAAUAAUUGUGGUGACAGUUCAAGAUGUAUUUAGCUGCCUCAUUGACACCAUCGUCAUCGGUAUUGUUAUUGCCAAAAUGGCUUCAGCUCGUAAGAGAGCUCAGACGGUUGGUUUCAGUAGCUGUGCAGUGGUCAACCUACGAGACGGGGUUGUGUGUCUGUCGUGGCGAGUUGGGGACUUCAGGGGUAAUCACAUCUUGGAGGGUGUUGCCAGAGCCAUGGUAGUCCGCCAUGUGAAACAGCCAGCUGGGACUGUUGUGAUGUCAUACGAGGAACUGCACAUCCAGAAUCGAGACAUUGUCCUCGCCACACCGACCACCAUCAUCCAUAAACUGGAGCCUGGCAGUCCUCUCUACAGCCUGGGCCCUGACAACCUGCUGGGGGACGACUUUGAACUGGUGGUGUCUUUCACCUACACCGGUGACUCGACGGGUAUGCUCCACCAGACACGAACCUCCUACACACCAGCAGACAUCCGCUGGGGACAGCGCUUCCAGGACAUGUUGAAACUGGGCAAGAGGCACUACAAGGUGGAUUACGCUUUGUUCAAUGUGACCACCUGGGUGCCUGUGCCACUGCUCAGUGCGGAGGAGUUUGACAGGAGGGAACAUCCGACAGAGGGGGGUGAGACCAGUGGUCCUCUCAUUGCAUCAACCAUGAGCAACGGACAUGCUUGCAAUGUGAAUCCUGACAUCAUUGAAGAGGUGAUGCAGCAGACCUGUUUGUAAAGCGGGCAUGUGAUGGACAAUGUGAUAAGAUGUGCUCUUGUAAAUAUAUUUAUGUGUAACUUUUGUGUUUACAGCCUGUUUUUUAUGUGUUAGAUGAAUUUUAUUUCUAUUUCUGUAACCACUUAUCCUGUUGGGGGUUGUGGGGGGGCUGGAGCCUAUCCCAGGUGACACUAGGCGAGAGGCAGGGUACACCCUGGACAGGUCACCAGACUAUCACAGGUCUGACACACAGAGACAGACAACCAUUCACACUCACAUUCACACCUUUGGGCAAGUUAGAGUCACAAGUUAACCUGCAUGGACGGUGGGAGUAAGCCGGAGUACCCCAAGAAAACCCACACUGACACAGGGAGAACAUGCAAACUCCGCACAGAAUAGCUCCCCCAUCCCAGGUUCGAGCCAGGGCCCCUCUUGCUGUGUGGCGACAAUGCUAACCACUACACCACCAUGCCGUUGUGUAAGAUGAAUAAAAUCCAUAAAUGUAAGUCAAACAAAAGCUGUUUUUGUAAAACUCUAAAACGUGUUUGCUGUUAUAAUCAUACUUGCAGGUAUUUUAUUAUUUUAUUUUGCUGGACAGAAAAAAACAAGAUGCAAUUUGUAAAAAAAAUCCUUCAAAUCUUGUACUCUUACACUCAAAAUACUUAAAAUAUAUUAGUUAAUAUAUCAUUUUAUUCUCAAAUAAGACCACUUUUGUAUCCCCAGGUACAACAAUUACCCUAUAGCCCACAGUCUUUGGCUUUAUGCAAGUGAAUCCCAUCACAGCAAUAUGCUCACUGUGAACUACCCUAUUAUAUUUGUGUUCCCUGGACUGUAGGGUUGGAGGGUACACAAAGGAGAGUACUUUAUUUUUAGGUUGUUGUUGUUGGUAUCGGUGAGAGGGGGGUUCUCUCAUUUCUUCUCUACUAUUAUGUACUGUAUCAUACUCUGCUGUAAUGGUCGUUUAGUGUUUUGUGCACCAGUAAGUUGCUUGUAAAGUUGAUCUUAGAAAUGUCCUCACUCCACUGCUCUUAUAUUUAUCGCUCUUGAAAAAGGCUCAGUCUUGUUGUCAUCUAAAGGACAUCGUACGUUACUUUGUCCACUUUACUUUGUGUUUCAGUUGGCUGUUUACUCAGUCAGUAAGGGGUCGCUUUGACUGACAGAAACCACCCAGCAUGCACUCCCGAAUUCACAGGCUUACACUCCCAAUAUAUCCUGAUUGGCCACCUCAAAUCGAUGAUGUGGGAAAAUGUCAGAGCUCAUCAAUGCAGGGUGGUAAAGGUGCCAUAUAGCCUACGACAUUCAGAGUCUGGGCUGGAAUCGUCUUUGGCUAACACUGCUCACAGUGCUAACAACAGCAACAGUGCUGACAGAGCUAACAGUGUUAACAUGGAGUAGAAGGUGGGUGUUAUGCUUUCGCAACAACACCGUCCUGCCACCAUUGGUCAGAAUGGCAUUAUUAUCCUUAACUGCCAUAUGAGCGCAGUGCAGAGCAAUGGCGAUUAGCUGGCCAGUAGGAUACACACUCAGGGAGUCACAGGAGCUCACAAGCACGUGCGGCUGGCCUGGCUACCUCAACAAAGAACAGAGAAGCUCUGAUAACAGCAAACACAGCGGGAGUGUGACUUCAUUCUCUGCUCAGGACGCCAUUACUCGACCACAUCUUUACAUAGCAAAUAGCUGGUGCUAUAUUAAUGUUCAAAAUCUAACACAUUGAACCUUUGAGGUCAGAGCAAUACUGAGGCUACUAAAUGCCUAAAAUGUGAUAAUACCAGUUUGUAAAUAUUGUGUUUUUGUAUUUUUCAAUAACAAAUUAUUUUAAUUAAAUACAUUUUCUAAUACCA